UGGACCAAAGAAGAAAUGUCCUCGUAUCGAAGCACUUGCGAACUGAAGAACGAACAACAUGAAGUCGGCGGCGAACGCGGGUGACCCGUCGUCGCCCCGAGGAGGUCAAGUUGUGCAGAUGAAGGAUGGGCAGCCUGAGAGGCCAUGAUUGGCUGAGAGGCACGCACCAGCGACUUUAGCACGGCGCUAAUCUGGAUUUGAAACGCAGGCUAAUGUUUGAAGUGACUUCGUCCGUCAAAUCCAGUCAACUCCAGCCCCCUACGUACCCUGGUUCUUCUGCCUCCCUAUCCUUCAAAAAAAGCACUGAUGGCAUCGCGUGACCCAGUCUGGAGAUGAAGGGGCACAGGCCGAGUGUCUUCUCGCUCCCGUCAAACUGCUCGAUUGCGGCGGCGCGGGCAAAAGAGAGAGAGCUUCUCGAUUGCCGCCCCGGUGAAUGUUCAACCUGACUUUAUGGGGGUACACGACGGCGUUUCCUGCAACGAUGCAGGAGAACAAUCCCAGUGAGACGAUAUCUAUAGGUGCAGCCUUGCAGGAAACAUACUGACAAUGUGGUCUCGUUUGUGCGAAUCUUCCUUUCUUCUGUCUUAGAUCGGCCGUGUACCCGGCACCAACGAAGUCCAAACUUUCUCCCCGGCACGCCACGCGAAGGUCGAGGCUGUGAAACACGGCCGAUCUAAAUCCAAACCCUGGGCGCUGCAUGGUCUUCUUGAGCGACCCUGAGCGUGUAUUGGCUGUCCUGAACUCCAAAGUAAUAGAUCGUGAUCCACCAUGUACACCAUUACUGCAUCAACUGGUCCUUCUAUUCCGCCGAUGGCAGGCUGGACGUCUAUCCCACGAACCGCCCCUCAGGAAAGGGGGUCCAUCUACAUGGAUCAAGCUUUGAACUCCGAAACGGCGCGUCCUACUCCUUGCGCUUAGAUGUCGAUCGAAAAAUCACAUAUCCAUAAUGCGAGUUCCACUUGAAUGGUCCUGGAUCGUCUGUUCCUGCACAUCUGCUUCAUUGCCCACUACCCGCCAGGCGGCCGCCGACCUCAAGUGAAGUCUCGGUUAUCGCCCGACUGCAUUUAGCAUUGUUCUUCAGCCAACACAAGGAACAAUGCUUGCGCAAGCAUUGUCUACACCUUUGUUCUAAACAAUCAAUGCCAACUCAGUCACUCCUUUAAACACCACAAUCUUUGUUUGUUCUUUCACUCCUUUGCUACGGCAGUGCCGUUCGUUUUACUCCCUCACUCGUUCAGCCACAAACUGCCUACGAUCCCAAUUUGAAGAGUGCUCAGCAACUCCUCCGAUCCUUACACCACCAGAUCGAUCACUUUGUCGCAGGUCCAAACUCCUCCUCAAGUCCCAAACUUCUGUUCCUGGCCGAACAAGAACCUGUUGUUACUCGCUGCGCGAAACGACUCUCUCAAGCAAAAGCAUCAGACAGCCAGCUUCGUCUAGAUCUUACGCCAUGCCUUCCACCAAGGCCCUGCUGCAUAGCGCCCUCUUUGGGUUGCUCGCUACAACGGCCCCUUUCGCCUCUGCCCAUACCUGGGUUGAACAGUUGAUGGUCAUUGCGCCGAACGGUACUUUGGUCGGUCAACCGGGUUUUGCCCGUGGGAAUGUCCUGCGUGGCACUCCUGGCUUCAGUGAUCCUGCCAUGGUAAACCUCAUUCCACCCGAUGGCCGUCCCAUCAACCAGAUCGAACCUACCGACCUGAUGUGCAAGUCCACCCAGACCUCUCAGACUCAAACCGACGGCAGUCCUCGGCUGCAGGCAGCUCCUGGAUCAGCCGUUGCUUUGAGAUUUCAAGAAAAUGGCCACGUUACUUUGCCAGACAACCAACCGGGCAAACCGAAAAACCGCGGCACUGUGUACGUGUAUGGCACCACUCAACCUAGUCCGGACGAUUCUUUUCUCGCCAUCCACCGCGUCUGGAACCCCGAAGGUACCGGCGGCGACGGUCGUGGCGUUCUCCUGUCCACUCGAAAUUUUGACGAUGGCCAAUGUUAUCAGGUCAAUGGAGGUCAAAUUUCGCAGCAACGUCAACAGCAGUUCAAGCAUGCUUUCAAUAGUGUCAUGGGAAAUGAUCUCUGGUGCCAACAAGACAUUCAGCUCCCGGCCGAUGCUCCUACUGGAAAACCAUAUACACUCUACUGGGUGUGGGAUUGGCCGACAAUGCCAGGCACUCCUGGCUUUCCAAAUGGCAAGCAAGAAAUCUACACCACUUGCAUGGAUAUUGACAUUGUGAGCGAUGACGGUGUUGGUACUGUUUCCAAAGCCCAAGCCGCUUUUGCUCAAGGACAAGCUGUGGACAACGCUGCGGUUGCUGACGAAUUUUCCGACAUUGCAAAUCCGACUGCUGUCACAGGAUCUACCAUACCUUUCUCUGCUUCUGCUACCGGUCCAGUUCCCGGCGGCGCCAGCGAAGCUAGUGUUGUCGCUGCCACCUCCAGCGAAACAGGGAUCCCUGCAUUCUUGACAGUCCAUACUGGCUCCACGGCAGGCCCGGGUGCCGAGACUCAAUCGUUCACCGUCAUUCCUAUCGGUGUGUCAACAACUGCUGCUCAGGCUUCUGCGUCAGCGACCGGCGCCCAAUCUUCCCAACAGACCGGUAGCUCUGGCCAGGGCCGUAGCGGCCGUGGUGGCACUGGAAUUGGCCGUGGAGGAAACGAUGCUGGCCCUCAAGUGACUUCUGCACCCAACGCAGAUGCAGCAGUCGCCACCUUUACCGAAUACGAGUCCAUCACCGAAACGGUCUUUCAAACUGUGUACAACACUAGGUACACAAAACGUGAUGACUCUGCACCAGCUCCCACAGUUGCGCCUGUCCUUCCGCGUGCUGCUGAACCAGAAGAAGAGAACUCAAGCGUUUCCACAGACCACUCCGCCUUCCGCCUACGAGCGCGCAAUCCUUUCGUCUGGCUCGGCUGGACCCUCAGCUCAAGUAAUGCGAUGGCUACGGCAACAGCGUCCUCUUGAGAUUGUACAACACAGCAUAGCAUCAGCAAAGCAUACCAUCUGGCUAAGCAGGAUCGAUCUGCUGGGGCCCGGUGUUCCCUUGAGAGCAAGAUGAAUUUUAUGGGUGGCAAAAAAGAUAUGGUAGCAUAUGACCCUUCUUCGACGCUGAGAUCAUGACGAGGGCCAGAUAUCAGCGGAUGAUAGUUUUGUUUUUGGUACAUUCAACUUCGGCCUCAUAGCCUUGCCCUUGCAUUCUACUUCAGUGGAAUGGUUUCCUCUUCUCCUUCUUUGCAUACCAAUGGCCCGGCCUUUGUAUAUAGGAAUGGCAUGCAUGACAAUGACCCGAUCUACACCACA